GAGGGGCGGCCGCUGCUUCCGCCCGGACGAGUAGCGACGGCUCCUCCCUGCCUUUGGAGCCACUUUCUGCGGUGUGGGUGAAGCUUCCGCCCUCACCAGGUUGGGCUUGAACGAGCACUUCCGGGUUAGGAGUUGGCCACGCCCCUGGGCGAGCUGUGGAAGUGGCGAUGGAGAUGGAGAGAAUAGUCUUGCCCCCCAGGGGGCCUCUGGAGUUACCCCUCUCCAUUCUGGAGGUUGGAUGUGCCGGCCGUUUUGAGCUCAUCACCCAAGAGGAAGGGCCUCAUGGAGAUCGAUUCCCACUAACCACGCUGCCUCACGGGUUGCCCCCUCACGCUGAGGAUCUGGCCUCUGAACUGGAGCAGCACUUCCUCAGCAGCCCAGACUGGCUUCCCAUCCACCACUUCGAAAGGUCUCACAGGUUCUGGCCCCGUGAGAAAGACAUCCAGUCGCUCUUUGAGGUGGACGUCACCCCCAUGCAUUCCAUGCUUCAGGCGGAGCGCAACCCCACCACAGGAGAGCUGCUGGGCUUCAGAGAGGCACUUGUGGACAACAUGGGCUUAUCGGCCAAAAAUUCUCUUUCCUUCCAACGAGCACCUGGCCCCCCAGUCGAGGCUCUCCGAGGCAGCGCUACCAAUUACCCCUUCUGGCCAGGUGGGAUGGACGAACCCAGCCUUGAACAGAUCAAGACUCAAGAAGACCAGGAAGAGGACAUUGAUUUUGAGAACGAUUUGCUGACGGUCCCACCAGGCUGGAAGAAGGGGGUGGAGUUCGCCAGGCAAGAACUCAAGGCCUCCCCAGGGUUGCUGAACUUGACCCACCUACUGGGGGCCCUGGACACCUUUGAGCUGGGAGCCUCCAGUGACGAAGAAGAGAAGGAGAAGGCCGAGGAAGGGAGGAAGAGGACGAAGAAGGGGAAAGGGGCGAAGGGAGAGGAGGCGCCCCCGGCAGAACCGGUGCCGCUGCAGAGAGCAAACAGCCUGGAAGAACUGGUGCUUAAGGAGGUGACGCCCACCCCAAAAUCAGCCCCACAGGCCGCCCCGGCCCCUGCUGCGGCUUCCGUGCCCCCCAAAGAGCAGUGGGCCAUCCCAGUGGACGUCAGCUCUCCCGUGGACGACUUCUACAAGCGAAUUCCUGAUCCAGCUUUCAAGUGGCCUUUUGAGCCAGACGUUUUCCAGAAGCAGGCGAUUCUCCACUUGGAGAAGCACGACUCUGUGUUUGUCGCUGCCCACACCUCUGCCGGGAAGACUGUGGUGGCAGAAUACGCCAUUGCUCUGUCCCAGAAGCACAUGACACGCACCAUCUACACUUCCCCAAUCAAAGCUCUUUCCAACCAGAAGUUUCGGGAUUUCAAGAACACCUUUGGGGACGUGGGGUUGUUGACGGGGGACGUUCAGCUCCAUCCGGAUGCCUCGUGCCUCAUCAUGACGACGGAGAUCCUUCGGUCCAUGCUCUAUAAUGGUUCAGAUGUCCUCAGGGACUUGGAGUGGGUGAUCUUUGACGAGGUGCAUUACAUCAACGACUCAGAGCGUGGGGUUGUCUGGGAAGAGGUCCUCAUCAUGCUACCAGACCACGUGAACAUAAUUUUGCUGAGUGCCACUGUCCCCAACACCCUGGAGUUUGCUGACUGGAUAGGGAGGAUCAAGAGGAAGAAAAUCUACGUGAUCAGCACCCUGAAGCGUCCCGUCCCGCUGGAGCAUUACCUGUACACAGGCAACAGCCAGAAAACGCAGAGUGAGCUCUUUCUGCUGGUUGACGCCCGCGGCACGUUCCUGACCAAGGGGUAUUACGAUGCUGUGGAUGCUAAGAAGGAGCGGGCCAGCAAGCACUCCCAGACCUUCGGGGCCAAGCAGCCCAUGCACCCGGGGGCUGGGGCGGGCCAGGAGAAGAACAUCUGGCUCUCCCUCAUCGACAUGCUGCGCAAGAAGGACCAGCUGCCCGUGGUGGCCUUCACCUUCUCCCGCAACCGCUGCGACGACAACGCCUCCAUGCUCACCACCGUCAACCUGACCACGACGAACGAGAAGAGCGAGAUCCACGUCUUCUUCCAAAAGUGCAUCUCCCGCCUGAAGGGCACAGACCGCCAGCUGCCUCAGGUCCUUCAUAUGGUGGAUCUCUUGAAGCGAGGCAUUGGGGUGCAUCACAGCGGCAUCCUGCCCAUCCUAAAGGAAGUGGUGGAGAUGCUGUUCAGCAAAGGCCUCGUCAAGAUCCUCUUUGCCACUGAGACUUUCGCCAUGGGAGUGAACAUGCCGGCAAGGACAGUGGUCUUUGAUUCGAUCCGCAAACAUGACGGCACAAACUUCCGGGAUCUGGUGCCAGCUGAAUACAUCCAGAUGGCAGGCCGAGCUGGACGCCGAGGUCUCGACACCACGGGGAUGGUGAUCAUCUUGUGCAAAAGCCAAGCCCCUGAGAUGGCUGACCUUCACCGGAUGAUGUUGGGCAAGCCCACCCAGCUGCAGUCCCAGUUCCGCCUCACCUACACCAUGAUCCUCAACCUGCUGCGAGUCGAAGCCCUUCGCGUGGAGGACAUGAUGAAGAGGAGCUUCUCCGAGUUCCACACCCGGAAGGACAGCAAAGUCCACAAACACAGGAUUGCCCAGCUGAGCAGCAUCUUGGCCAACAUGGAAGCAUCAGAUCUGUCGGGACAGCUUGGCGACUUAGAGGAGUAUUAUCACGUGGUCCGAGAGCUACAGGAGACCCGGGAACUCAUACAGAGGCGAGUCAUGGAGUCAAUGAAUGGACUGAAAGCCCUUUCCGUGGGACGGGUGAUCGUGGUGAAAAAUCAAGAGCACCGAAAUGCCCUGGGGGUGAUCUUGCAGGUUUCCUCUGACGCAGCCAACCGAGCCUUCAGCACUUUGGUGAUGUGCGAGAAAAAGCUGGCAGAGGGGGACACAGCUGCUUGCAAGGAGGCCGGCCUCCCUUCCCCUUCAGAGGUUCCUCUUCCUGAUGACCUUCUGCAUACCAAGCUCUUCCUUCCAGAGGGCCCUUGCGGACAUACUAUAAAGAAACUGGGCCCAUCAGACAUUUUCGGUAUCACAAACAAAACUCUCCGGGUCAAUGCUGAGCGCAUCCUGGAAGAUUUCAAGAAGCGCCAGAUGCCCAGGUUCAGGAACGAUCCACCUGGGCCAUCAGCUGCCACAGCCACCCAGGAGCUGCUGCGCUUAGCGGAGGGCUCUCCUGAGGGCCUCCCCCUCUUGGAUCCCGUGAACGACCUUCAGCUGAAGGACCUGGAGGUGGUGGAAGGGGUGGUGAAGGCACGUGGCCUGGAGGAAGCGCUGCUGGGGUUCCAGUGCGUGCACAGCCCCCGCUUCCACACGGAGUUCGUGCGAUUCAGGGAGCGCCAGCAGGUGCUGGAGGAGCUGGAACAGCUGCGCUUCCUGCUCUCUGACCAGUCCCUCCUGCUGCUGCCCGAGUAUCACCAGCGGGUCCAGGUCCUGCGCUCCCUGGGCUACAUCAACGAAGGAGGUGCCGUGGAGCUGAAAGGCAGUGUGGCCCGCCAGAUCAGCAACCACGAGCUGCUGCUCACCCAGCUGCUGCUGGACAACGCCCUGACGGACCUGCGGCCCGAGGAGAUCGUGGCCUUGCUCAGCUGCACCGUCUGCCAGGUCCGCACCAGGGUGGAGCCCCAGCUGCCCUCCGUCCUGCAGAAGGGCAUAGAGCACAUCCGGUCGGUGGCCGAAGAGAUCGCCCUGCUGCAGCGCAAGUGCGGCCUCCAGGAGUCAGUGGAGGACUUUGUGGAGCAGUACAAAUUUGGGCUGGUGGAGGUGGUCUACGAAUGGGCCCGCGGCAUGCCGUUUGCCGAGAUCGCCCGCCUGACGGACGUGCAGGAAGGGAUCAUCGUCCGCUGCAUCCAGCGCUUGGACGAGACCUGCCGAGAGAUGCGCAACGCGGCCCGCGUCACUGGGGAGCCGACGCUCCAUGCCAAGAUGGAGGCCGCCUCCAACAUGAUCAAGAGGGACAUAGUCUUUGCCGCCAGCCUCUACACCCAGUGAGGGAGGCGGGGCGCACCUUUGGCUCAAAAUGCACCUCUCUCUGCUCCUGAUGUCUGAAAAGCUGUAAUGCGUCUUGCAGGUAUAUGCAAUAAAAUAUAUAAUUUUUUUUGCUGACUUAAGGGGAGUGGGUAAAGUUUCCUUCUGGUGCAUGCAAAGGGUGAGGCUGUGUUGGGUUGGAGCCUGUUGCCGAUGGAGGCCCGUACAGAGCACAGGUGACUCUCAACUUGCACGGGGGCUGCAUUCUGGGGGUCGCUCCCAACAGAAUAUUAAAAACACGAUAAAACAUCAGACAUUAAAUACUUCCCUAAACAGGGUUGCCUUCAGAUGUCUUCUAAAAGUCAGGUAGUAGUUUAUUUCCUUGACUUCCACAGGGCGGGCGCCACUACCGAGAAGGCCCUCUGCCCGGUUCCCUGUAACCUCGCUUCUCGCAGUGAGGGAAAUGCCAGGAAGCCCUUGGAGCUGGACCUCUGUCCAGGCUGAAUGAUUGGGGGGGGGGGGUGGAGACGCUCCUUCAGGUAUACUGGGCUGAGGCCAUUUAAGGCAGGCAUAGGCAAACUCAGCCCUCCAGAUGUUUUGGGACUACAACUCCCACCAUCCCUAGCUAACAAGACCAGUGGUCAGGGAUGAUGGGAGUUAUAGUCCCAAAACCUCUGGAGGGCCAAGUUUGCCUAUGUCUGAUGUAGGGCUUUAAAGGUCAGCCUAAAGCCAAAAUCACGUAUAGUCAAAACACAUUGGGUUCAAGGGUGGGUGGGAUUGCCAAAUUCUCUUUUUCCAGAUGCCCACCCCCAUUUAUUUAUUUUUGCCAAAGCUGAAUGCACACAUUUAAUGUGUGGAAGUUGCGAGUUUCCUGCUCUUUCUUUUCCCGGGCUUCCAUGGCUAUCAGGUCCCAGGCGGCUUAUAAAAAGGCCACAGGUCUGUUUCUUCUCAGCACCAACCAAAAAACAGAAGUUCCUCAUUUAGGAAAAAUCCAAUGAAUAACUUUAAAGAGAGAGAGAAUACAGCUUCAGGAUAUGGGGCUUGGGGGUAACCUGGCUUGGCAGCAGCACAUUUUUUUUAAAAAAGGAUCUCUUCCUUGCGAGGUCAGUCGCAAGCUCCCAUCAGAUGUCAAGGAAAUAAACAACUAUCUGACUUUUAGAAGACAUCUGAAGGCAGCCCUGUUUAGGGAAGUAUUUAAUGUUUGAUGUUUUAUCGUGUUUUAAAUAUUUUGUUGGGAGUUUCCCAGAGUGGCUAGGGAAACCAAGCCAGAUGAGAGGGGUAUAAAUAUUAUUAUUAUUAUUUAGCUGGACAGCACUCAAAAAAGGUGAAGGUGAUUUGAGGCUGCAUUAACAGAAGCGACUGUUUCACUCUUAUCCUGCACUACUCAGACAUUGUCUGGAGCCUCGUUGGGUCCACUGCUGGAGACUCUACUUUAAAAAAGAAGGAUGUGGACAAGUUGGGUUCACGGGAGGGCAAGGAAGCCCUGUGAGAAAAGGUUGAAGGAAACUGAGCAUGUUUAACCUGGAGAAGGCUGAGGGAGAAGAUGCAAUACUGCUUUUCAAAUAUCUGAAGUCUGUUGUGUAAAAAGGGAACCCUGAACAUUAGGUCCAGUCGUGACCAACUCUGGGGUUGCGGCGCUCAUCUCGCUCUAUUGGCCGAGGGAGCCGGCGUACAGCUUCCAGGUCAUGUGGCCAGCAUGACUAAGCCGCUUUUGGUGAAACCAGAGCAGCGCACGGAAACACCGUUUAUUUUCCCUAUUAUCUACUUGCACUUUGACGUGCUAGGUUGGCAGGAGCUGGGACAGAGCAACGGGAGCUCCCCCCGUCACGGGGAUUCGAACCGCCAACCUUCUGAUCAGCAAGCCCUAGGCUCUGUGGUAUAACUUUCUAAAUAUCUUUUAAAAAAUCUUUCAGGCUAUUUAAAUAUCUGAAGGCUGUUGUGUAGAACCAGGCAAAGGCUUAUUCUCUCACGUGAGCUGCCACGGAUCAAACUUACUUAUUGACAAACCACCUCCCUCUAUCCCCACUGUCCUUUAAGAAGCCCUUACCGAUAAACCAGAGAGAGAGAGAGAGAGAGACAAUCCCCUUCACUAAGCACUGCUAGGACACGUUUGUGUUUACGAUAAUAGUUUAUUGCCCUGUCCCUCCUUCAUUGUGAUGAUGUGGGGGUAGGGGGCAUACCUGCCAAGUUGCUGUCUGAGAAAUAAGGGACCGGGCCAGAAGUAGCAGACCGGACGUAGCGCUGCCGCCAUUUUGGAACUGGGUGGAGCAUGCUCAGAAGUGACUUUUGAUGCUGCUUUGCCCAGUUCCAAAAUGGCCGUUGCGCCAGAAUAAACCGGGGAAAAACAAAAAAUUUCGUUUUUUCAGCUAAGAACAGCUGGAAAAACAGGGAUUUCCCGGGGAAUACGGGAGACUUGGCAGCUAUGGUAGGGGCCAUCCCAGGCAUGUCGCUGACUUUCUGAGCACCAGGUGCCAGCCUCCUUGUGUCUGCUGUGUGUGUGUGUGUAUGUGUUUAACCACCCACCCUACAUUACCCACUCAAGAUACAAAAAAAACAUUCCAGCUUCUCCCUCCCAUCUGCAGCCCAUCAGUCUGGGAUGUGUGGAGUCGAGGGCUUCUCGCUGCUCAGCGCCUCCACGUACCAGUCAGGCAGGAAGGUGUGCUCGGAGUCCCGGUGCACCGUGAAGGAGACAGGGUGGCCAGGCUCCCAGGCAAAGAGGUGAACCAACCUGGACAAAGGAGAGAGCAGCAGGGGUACAGGUGAAACUCGGAAAAAUUAGAAUAUCGUCGAAAAGUGCAUUUAUUUCAGUAAUGCAACUUAUCAUCAUUUUUUAUUUUUUUAUUUAUUUUUAAAACUGCUUUCUUUUGGAAAUUCCACAGUAAUAAAACAAAUAGUUACAAUAAUACAAAAAUAAAUAUCACUAUUUCAUUUCAUUAAUUACAUUCCAUUUAUAAUUGACCCGCCUAACGACAAAUAAUUACAAUUACAGUGGUACCUCGGUUUAUAAACAUAAUUGGUUCCGGAAGUCUGUACAUAACCUGAAGCAAACUUUCCCAUUGAAAGUAUCUGUUCCAGACGGUCCGCGGAGUACUUAAACUGAAGCGUACUUAACCCGAGGUAUGAGUGUAAUUGGUUCCGGAAGUCCGUACUUAACCUGAAGCGAACUUUCCCAUUGAAAGUAAUGGAAAGUGGAUUAAUCCGUUCCAGACAGGUCCGCAGAGUACUUAAACUGAAAAUACUCAAACCGAGGCGUACUUAAACCGAGGUAUGACUGUACAACAAAUAAAGGCUUGACAUAUCCUGCUUUGCAUGUCAUGCAUCUAUCUCAUAUAUUGGUUUCCCCUUUUAAGUUGCAUUACUGAAAUUAAUAAUAAUAACAAUAAUAAUUUAUUAUUUAUACCCCGCCCAUCUGGCCGGGUUCCCCCAGCCACUCUGGGCGGCUUCCAACAAAACAUUAAAAUACAGUGGUGCCUCGCUAGACAAAUUUAAUUCGUUCCACGGGUCUUUUCUUAUAACGAAAAAUUCGUCUAGCGAAUCCCAUAGGAAUGCAUUGAAUUUUUUUUAUUUAAAAAAUUGCCCAUAGGAACGCAUUAAUUGAAUUUCAAUGCAUUCCUAUGGGAAACCGCGAUUCACUAGACAAAUUUUUCAUAAAACGAAUUCAUCUAGCGAGGCAAGCUCCGCUCGAAAAAUCCUUUCGUUAAGCAGAAAUUUCGUUAAGCAAGGCAUUCAUUAAGCGAGGCACCACUGUACAGAAAUCCGUCAAACAUUAAAAGCUUCCCUAAACAGGGCUGCCUUGAGAUGCCUUCUAAAGGUCUGGUAAUUGUUCUCUUUGACCUCUGGUGGGAGGGCAUUCCAAAUGCACUUUUUGGUGAUAUUCUAAUUUCCCGAGUUUCACCUGUACAACGUGAGGUUCCUCUGGAAGGGAGACUAAGCCAAAGAGUUGCUCUCCCUUGCUAGGAGGAGGAGGCCCACAUUCACUCUAGUCUUCCCAUUUCGCUUUCCCUCCUAUACUUAACCAGCCGUCAUCAGCCUGCUCCCCCCCCCCCAGGUGUUUGGACUGCAAACACCCCCUGGCCUCAGCCACUAUGGCUACUUACUUCGGAUUGUCUUCGGUCACCACUUUCUUCACAAAGCCGAGGAAUGCCGCGCAAAAGUUCAUGCACACCGCCGGCUUCCAGCAGCCCGGGUCCUCCUGCCCAGGAGGAAGGAGGGAGGUUAUUUUAGGGGUGAUGCAACCUGGAACAUGGGAAGCUGCCUUAGGCAGAGUCCGGCUCAUCGGUCCAUCUCGUUCAGCCUUCCUCAAACACAGUUCUGGUGCUGAAAGCCAGUGCCUGAGAGGAGCAGGUGUGUGUUUUCAGUUCUCAAGUGUGCACCCGACCACCUGCGCUUCCGUACCUAAGCUACUGUUUUGUCCCGGCGUACCUUGGGAGUUCUGGCGAACAAGCAAUUCAUCAAGCCUGAAGCCUGCCGGCUGACUGGCUCUUACAGCAACCUCUGUGGAAGAUGCACUUUCACUUUCAGCGCAGCUUCACAGGGGUUCCCUGUAACCACCGAUCACCUGCAGAACCCUUAUAGAGAGCCGCUCUGAAGGAAGAAUUAGUGCACCAAAUCCCCACCCCACCCCCCACCUUUUCCCUUGGAGCCAGGAGAGGUUAGGACGAACGGGAGGAAUCCCAAGAUCCCAGCCUGGCUGCCCUUCCUCCUGGGCUGGACUCACCCUAAUGAGCUGGAAUAUCUUCAUCGUCUCAAACGUCUCCAGUUCCACGAUGGAGCCAUCUGGCCCCCGGUACCCGGCCACGAUCCGAGACACUCCGGGCAGAAAGGACUGAGCCCACCACUUGAUCAUCUUGUGCCUG